AUGUCAUGGAGCGUUACGAGUCUCUGGGUCUGGUUGGGGAGGGCAGUUACGGAACUGUGCUGAAGUGUCGUCACCGAGACUCUGGCCGCCUCGUUGCCAUCAAGAAGUUUGUGGACUCUGACGAUGACAAGACAGUGAAGAAGAUCGCCCUGAGGGAGAUCAGGCUGCUCAGGCAACUGCGUCACAGCAACCUGGUGAACCUUCUGGAAGUGUGGAAGCGUCGACGCCGCUGGUAUCUGGUCUUUGAGUUUGUCGAGCGGACACUCCUGGAUGAUUUGGAGCAAAACCCAAGUGGACUCAACCUGAACACCAGUCGUCAAUACCUGUACCAGAUCUUACGAGCUGCAGCCUUCUGCCACCAGCAAAAUAUCAUCCACCGUGACAUUAAACCAGAGAACAUCCUCAUUUCUCAUGGGGACGUGGUCAAGCUAUGUGAUUUUGGCUUUGCCCGCACCGUGGCAUCACCUGCUGAGGGCGGCGUCUACACCGACUACGUUGCCACUCGCUGGUACAGAGCCCCUGAACUGCUGGUUGGAGACAUUAAAUAUGGAAAGCCAGUAGAUGUGUGGGCUAUAGGUUGUCUGUCAUUAGAAAUGUUAACAGGUCAGCCUUUGUUUCCUGGAGACUCUGACCUUGACCAAAUUUACCACAUCGUCAGGUGUUUUGGUAACCUGACAACUCAUCACCAGGAGUUGUUCUACAGGAAUCCUGUCUUUUCUGGAGUCAAAUUGCCAGAAUGUCAUAGCCAAAUCCCACUGCAGCAGCGUUUCCCUACCAUCACAUCCACUGCCCUAGACCUGGCACAGAGCUGUCUCCAGGUGGAUCCAGAAAGACGCACUCAAUGUUCAGAACUGCUAGAACAUCCUCUGUUCACGCAAGACUCUUUCCAUAUCAGGUUUUUGAAUGAGCUGAAUGCUAAGAUCCAAAAGGACCACAGAGAAAACUCUACCCUCCCCAAAAUAACCAAAAUCCCAAGACGAGAAACGGUUGAAGGGAAUGAGAAAAACCAGAGAGGCAAAGACAAGAAGCUAUUGGAAGAUGUGGAUGAAAAAGCUAAGAAGGAAAAAGAGAAAAAAGAAAAGAAGGAAGAAGAGAAGAUGGAGAAGACAAAAGGAAAGCAGGCUUCAAAGCUUUCUAGAACUAUUCGGAAUACCUCAGAACCUUUCAUGUCCACCAAACAGUCCAAGACAUUAGGUGCUAAGGUAAUCAACGGUGCAGUGAAGGGUUCAGUGGCCAUGCAAAGUAAACCAGAAAAAGUCACCAGUGCAGGGAAUACAGAGAAGCCAAAGCAUCAUGGUGGCAUUUAUAGUCGACUGGCUCAACAGUCUCUGUUGAGCCACAUUACAGCAUCAAUACCAGCACAGGUGUCAGAUAAGAGUCUGAACUGUGAGCGCUCCUUCCUCUCUGAUCGCUGUAACUUUGGUAACAGUGGUGGUGUUUCAGUGGCCAAAAAGAAGUCAGACAUCCAUUUCCCAGAUCUAAGAGGCUCAGUGCUACCAGAGCUUAGAGGACGAGAUGGAAAACACAACAAAAGCAUCACCAAGGAUCUGAGGAAAGACAAACUGCCAGUUCCUUCCAUGUCUCCAUCAGAACCACAGCAGCAUGGACACAACAGUACCGCUAGACACCACACACACACAUCCUAA